GCACCUCGAACUCUGCCGCGCUCGAGCUUGUGACGUGUACAGUCCAAUCGAUUUCAAUUUUGAAUUUCGCUUUCAAUGUACUGCUGCUGGCAGUGAUCGCUUACUCGCUAGAGGAGUGGUGUGCAAUUUCUUUCACACAAAGAAUGGACCACGCUAAGUGUAUAGCUCUGAUAAAGCUUUAUAAAUCCAAGGAGCCGUUAUGGAAUGUUAGAAACCCUUACUAUCGUGUGAAAUCUGUACGUGAACAGGCGUGGAAGGAGAUCAGCGACGAAAUGAAGAUGCCUUUACACUUGUUAAAAAGGAAGAUGACAAUUUUACUGGCGUCAUACAGAAGUGAAAGGUAUAGAAUGAAGAAAUCUCGCAACUCUGGUUCUGCAGCAGUUAAUGCUUAUGAAUCUAAGUGGUUUGCAUUCAAAGAAUUCAACUUUAUGGCUGCUAAUUCAACGACCAAUGAUACUGCUGAUUCUUUACCUGAUGAGUAUGGAGCUUCACGUACCACUGACACCUCAAAGGUCGACAGUCAAGGCUCCUUAACAGAUGUUGCCGCUGAAGAGACUAGAGCGCUGAGGUCCGCAGAAGCCUCGGUAUCGCAUCGGGGCAGGGACCUGCUCACAGAGCCCACGCCGGCCGCCGUCGGGACAGCUGAGCAGAACCGCACUUUGCUCCGGGAGGUGUUCGAGAUCCUCAAACCCAACGCCACUGCGUCGACGGACGCCUAUGUCACAUUCGGUCAACAUAUCGCCAACGAGCUCAGAAAAUACGAUCCGACAACCUUAGCCCAAGUCAAGCACGCUAUCAAUACCGUUAUUUACGAAGCCGACAUGGAGAGGUACUCUAACGGACGUAGAAGAGCAGAAAGCACAGCGAGGAAUCCAAUGUUCGCUCCAACCACAGGCGUGUCGUCGACACCCAGUAUGCACCGCGCGAAACAAGAGAAUGAGGAAAACGAAGCUCUGGAAGGGGCAUCUGUUCAAGACACACUUGUCUAUAUUUCGUGAAAC